AUGGCUAGCGGCAGACUAGUAAUGCUACUUGAAAGUGGAAAGUAGCAUGAAAAGAAAUGCCCAUAGUUCAAGAAAAAGAAGUUUUCAUCUUGUAAAAUUGAAAUCAUGAAAGUGUAGUUAUAAAAGUGUAUUAGCUACAAUAAUCAUGAAUGUUACUGA